UCCUCUCCCUCUCCCUCUCCCUCUCCCUCUCCCUCUCCCGAGUCCGCAGUCCCGCCGUCCCCAGUCCGUCCCCAGGAUUAGCGUCAAUUGCAGUGGGGAUAAUUGCUUUUUCUGAGAUAGCAGCCCGGGUAGCACCAGCUUGCUUAUGCGAAUGAAACGAGUCAUCGACAUCAUGAUUGAUAAGACGCGGCGGAGGAAUGAAUCUCCAUCCAACCGGAUUCUUCUGCUUCUGCACGCACGCCGGAGCCAAGAGCUAUAACUAUAGAAAAAAAUAACGUCAAUAUAAUAUCUAUCUAUAGUGUGUGCGAUCGAGGUAAGUCGCUAAUAAUAGCUUGAGAUAUUGGCUCGUACUGCCAAUGCUUGCCUUCAGUGUGCGACUGCUGGGCGAAGGAUGCAAGCGUUGAGCGGAAAAUGAGCUGAGGAUGAAGAUGAAUGAAGACGGAGAUGAAGAUGAAGAUGAAAGAUGAAAGAUGAAAGAUGAAAGAUGGAGUUGAAAUUUGAGCUUGAAGACGCCGUUUCGCACAACAACACAGCUUCAAAUAUCCCAAACCAUACAUACAUACUCCGUCCUAUCCAGUAACUACUAGAGACAGACAGCAUUGCAUUGCAUCUCUGUCGCGUCCUCACCAUGCGACCAUAGCUAGUUUUAUAACUAGUCAUUUUGCCUCUCUCCUCCACCCACCCCCAUCCAUCAUCCAUCCAUCCAUCCACCAUCACCACCAUCACCAUGAACGCUGUCGACGGCGCAACCCAUUAUGACCCCUCCUCCAAUAACGUCCCCGCCCCCUCCCUCCUCACCGUCAUCCUCGAUACAAAUCCCCACGCCUGGGCCCGCCUUGAACCCUCCCUCCCGUUCUCCGCCGCCAUCGCAAACCUUCUCGUCUUCAUCAACGCCCAUCUGGCCUGUAACUACGCAAACAAGGUUGCCGUCGUCGCCUCCCACUGCCAUCAUGCUACCUGGCUCUACCCUACCCCUUCCACCCCCCCGUCCUCGUCGUCAGACCAGCAGACCACACCGCCAGAUCGGGACGUCAUCAUGAACGGCCAACCCUCCCCCGAAGAAUAUCAUCAGCAAGGAAAAGGAAAAGAAGAAGAAAGAGAUGAUGAUGAUGAUGAUGAACCUAUAAACAAAUACCGCCCCUUCCGCCUCGUCGAAGAACAACUAACCCGCAACCUCCACGCCCUCCUCUCCACCACCACCUCUGCCGACAUCUCCUCCACAACCUCCACCAUGAUCGCUGGCGCCCUCACUCUCGCCCUCAGCCACAUAAACCGCGAAACAAUCGCCCACGCCGAAACCCACGGCACCGCAAAACCAGACGGCACCUCCGCCUCCACCUCCACCUCCACAGGCACCACAGCAUCCGGCCUCCCACCCCCGCCAGGCACCACCCCCGCCACCUCCUCCCCAACCCCUCCUCACCUUUCCAACCCCACAGCCCUCCAAUCCCGCAUCCUCAUAAUCUCCCUAAGCAGCACCACCCACGCCGCCCAACACUACAUCCCCAUCAUGAACAGCAUCUUCGCCUGCCAGCGCCUGCACAUCCCAAUCGACAUCCUCAAGCUAGCCGGCGACGCCGCAUUCCUCCAGCAAGCCUCCGACGCCACCCGCGGCAUCUACAUCCCCGUCACCUCCCACCCCGCCGGCUUCCUGCAGUAUCUGAUGCUAGGCUUCCUCCCGGACCAGCGCGCGCGCGCGCACCUGGUCCUGCCCAGCCGCGUCGACGUCGAUUUCCGCGCGGCGUGCUUCUGUCACCGCCGCGUUGUCGACGUCGGGUUUGUGUGUAGUAUUUGUCUGAGUAUCUUUUGCGAGCCGCUUGGUGGGGUUGAUGGGGUUGCGGAGUGUUUGACGUGCGGGUCACAGUUGGGGGUUGGGGAGUAUGCCGUUAAGCCUGUUGUGGUUGCGGGGAGGAAGAGGAAGAGGAAGAAGGAGAAAGGGGUUGGUGGGAAGGGGGGUGUAUCGCCUGGGUCAGCGACGCCGACUCCUACGCCGGGAGCUCUGUAGGUAGCAAUAUAUAUAUAUAUAUAUAUAUAUUUUAGGGCAUAUUCUCAUUUCAUGGUUGUAAUAUAAUUAGCCAUCUUAGAUUUUCUACAGGAUAUCUUUCUCCAUUCUUUCUUGUCUAGCUAGCGACUUAUGUAGAGUGGGGCGUAUCUACCUUCUCAAAUUCGGAAGUGUUCUAAAAUCAUAUCUCCAUCCAUCCCAGUGGUGAAUUCGAAUCCGGAUGAGAACAAAACAAAAAGGGACGCAAUUUACCUUCCAAAUUUAUCCCACGUCCUACUACCGGGUACCCUAGUUAUCCAUCCAACUUACACCCAGCAUCGUAGCCCUAUAUCUACUUCUCGUAUAUCAGAUACACAGCACUUGUCCCACCCUCAUUCUACCCGCACAAUUCCCCCCAACCAUCAUAAAGCAAAUCUUACCCUCCCACAACAACCCCUUGGCUCUCCGUAUGUAACAAAACCCGGCCAAGGACUGUGGUACCUCCCUUCCCUACCUAACCCACCAAAUACCACCAACCUACCUUGCGCAGAUGCUCUAUUUUUUAACUAUAACUAGUAAAUGGAUGAUGCUUAUCACGCCCAGCCCUGAGGCCUGCGAAAUCCAAACCCUGCCGAGUCAAAUACACGUUGCAAGUUUCACCCCAAGGAAUCAAAAGCGUAAGAUAUACCGAGUAGGGUUUCCUUUUGGUUCUUUAUAUGGUCUGACAGCGUCACACCUCCGCUACCAGAGACUAGGCAAACAUUAAACAAGAUUGGCAGUGCAGAUUAGGGAACGCCAGUAGCAUGGAGUGGUGUGAGAGGGAGGAGUGAGAAGCGAGGAGGGAGGAUGAGUAAAGGUGUGGCACAGAGAAAAAACGGUAACGAAAUUACUAAAAAGGAUAUGCCAACCAAUCAGUUCUUCCCGACAGAACACACAGCCAAGGCUAUAGAGGAGCAUCAGACUCAUCUAGCUCCGGAAGUGAAUAGGUCUCCCCUUGUCUGCCAUUGUGCCAUCCUCAAAAGACAUCCCAGGAUUAUCAAAACGCAUCAAUCUAGAACCGUCAGCAUCCCAUCCAAUGAAAUGGUCUCGUCGUGUUAUCUGCCUUCCCUGCUUUGUACAGCUGCCUGGUUAGUUUUCUUCUGAGAGCGCGGAAACAAUUCAAAUCUCACCUGGUAGGGUGAGAUGACAAUGCGGACAUCGAGUUGAAUAUGCUCUUGCAGGGGUGAUUGCUAAUGCUGAAGUUAAAGCAGCAGAAGGGAAAAUUAAUUUACAGGAUCCAAAUUCGCUGUAUGGGCAAAGAACGUAAUAUGUGUUGCUGUCCCUGUAUAUGUUCGCUUUCCUAUCUGCGCCUGAAUCCAUCCGACACAGAACUAGUCAAAAAAGGCCCUGACAAUGGGAUAUGGAUCGUGACUUAGGCAGCAAGGACACUUCCCUCUCCGGACGCGAUACGGAGUAGGAUGUAUCUUUCUUCGAUUCGUCUAAAUGCUAGAGUCACGUAUUGAUAGAAAACACUCGGUAGGAGCGUAGGUAAGUAGAUAUCUCCAAAAUGCCCCUUACUCGGUGCUAGGAGGCCGAAUACCUGAACAGAGAAAGUACCGAGUCAGCUACUCAUCGUUUCUCAGACCAAGUGUCUAGUGAGACCCUAUUAUUUGACCAACAUCAUGAAAAAGGGUUUCGGGCAUGUCAAAUACCUAUUAAGCCUAAUAAAUCGUCCUCCUUGGGCAACUUUGUCGUGACCUCUGUUGCGAGACAUAAGACAUUUCGGUUCCGUAUCGGCGGAGUUCAUAGAAGCAAGAGCCUAUGCAUGUCAGCUACAAUGUUCGCCUGGCAAAUAAUGUAUAGGAUCUGGCACUUACGAAUGAAUCCGUAUUGUGUCCAAAGUAAAAGGCAAUUCCCUCCUUGGUAACUUUAACGGUCAUCACCCCAAUAGCAGCAUGGCAGUGGCUACUCCUAACACCAGGAUGGCCUAAGGAGAGUAAAGUUAGAAUAAUCAUGGGAGUAGGAGCGGUUGCGGAUAAUUUCAGGGGUUGGAAUAAUAGCCAAUCAAACACCGUACCCAUAAAGUCUACAUCGAUCAUAGCCUCUAGUGCUUCGUCUUCAUUCACGGUCUCGAAAACGCCCGGCUGUCCUGCCACCUUUCGAGUACUUGAAUAUAUCCGCUCCGCGCACACAUUGGAGGCCAUCGUUGUAGCCAUAUGCUCACCGGUGCCACUUGUCACAGCCGCAACACAUGUUUUGGCUUCGUCUUCGGGAUCCACUGGAAUAACAGCGGUUCCAACACCAACAAGAGCCGCUGGGCCAGUACGUCCGCUGUGUUUCAUGCCAAUACCGCCAGAAGAAGAGCCUGCUGCGAUAUUUCCAUGGCAAUCAACAGCGAUGGCCCCGACAGUGUCAAUAAUGUUGUCAUCCGAGCCUAUUAUAUAGCCUUUCCGAGGAGGUUCCUCAAAUGAGUCGUUUUGGGCCUGAUCUCCAAAAUUUUCCGGCGGUAUAGCAUUUCCUGCAUAUCCAAGAGAGGUUGAUGCCGCAGUUCCUAACUCUAAGGGGAAUCUGGCCCUUUUCCGCUUUCGGUUUUCGGCUGAUUGAAAGGAGCCAUCGAUUGCACCUGGGGAUUCCGUAACGUGCUCUGUCCGGUUGAGACAGAUGUCCACGAAUUCCGCGUUCAUAUCCUCCUCAGACUCACGGACACUUGCAUCGGGCAGAUGUGUAAGAGGUCGAAUGCUGGUAUCAGGGGAUGCCACGCCAUCAGAUCCAUUAUUAGAACUUGACGGAGGAUUUGUAGGGUUUGACGAACGCCACCAUGACCUUGAGGUAAUAUUGCGGCCAGGGCUGGAAAAACGAGAUCUAGUUGAAGCAGUGUGUCCAGGGUGCUGAUAUUGAGGAUCCUUUUGGGCCUCCUCCACUUGGGCCUCCUCAGCUUCUACUUGUGCCAAAUCCCGUUUCCACCGCAGCCAACGUUCGCGCGAACCACCAGAAACAAGGAAGUCAGCAUGGAGGAUUGGCAUGCCGUUUUCAUAUGCAAAAUCUGUUGCCCCUGAGCCAACUAGAAGAUUGGGUGGCACCCUGUUCAAAGACAGUGGCUUCGUUGAGACAUCUAGAACGAGACGCGCAAGUGAAAUCGGGUUUUUAAUAUCUACGAAGCAAGAUUCAUUAGCUAGAAUGAUAUUAGUCAGGGAACUCUCUACACGCACGUUCCACAGCGCCAACGGCGCCGCUUCGACCCAGGUGGUCCACAAUGGUCGCGUCGCAUUCCACCGUGCCGUGAGCAGAGAGAUUGCUGCCGUAUCCUGCAUUUGUAAUUUCAUGAUCCUCCAAGAAUUUGAUGGCGACCUCGACCGCGUCCACAGCGCGUCCUCCAGCUCUCAAAACAGUCAUUCCGAGUGUUGCCGCCCUGAUUCCAAAAUCAGUUCUGUAAAAAUGCAACAGCAUGGGGAAUGUAAAAAGAGGGCUUACUGAUUGCAUACCCAAAGAUGGGUUGAUUCAGCCUGGUAGCUGUGGAAUCCCGCGCCGGCAUGGAUAAAAAUGGCAGAGACCCUCUGAGGCUGUACCUCCUUCGAAUGAGAAAAAACCAUGGCUGCGGUGGAAUCAAGUUUCUUUAGAAUAGGUAUCAGAAGUCAACUAUGGGACAAUUGACACUCUCAAGGCUAAUACCAGGGUUUAAUGAGCGAAGUGAGGCCGUGGAGUAAACUCAAGUGAGGAGAUAUUCUGUUUCGCAGUGAAAAUCCUGAGAUUCACAUUGGGUGGUUAGAAGCAAACACCUCCAGUCAAACAGCUGCUGUGAAAAGGUUCAACACAAGAGCUGCCCCCUUUGUACCUUGAUGCGCCAACCAGCGCAAUGGAUUAAGUUGAUAAACACUAGCUGACCAUAAUAAAGUGGUAUUGAGAUAUCCAAGUGAGCGGGUAUGGUCGCGUUGCUAUGCAGACGGCCAGGGCUAGGCUACUAAGGAGAUACUGAGCCCGUGGCUCACGGGUAAAGGAAUGAAUGGCAGCAAUAGGGAAAAUAUAUAGGUAUGCUUCUAGGUAAAAGGUAUAGAGAAGGCUAAUACCCCUCAGACGACAAGAUAAUAGUAGGAUAUAAACGAAUGAACAGGAAUAGUAGGCUGAGGGAGGAUAAGGUAUAGAGUGAGAAUGGAGAGAAAAUGGCUCCAAAGAAACAACAAAAAAGGGGAAAAAUAAGACAAACGGAACGGGGACAAAAAAGGUGCGCAUUACAGCCGCAUUUCUGCAGAAGGAGACACACGCAUCAGAGUCCUAGAAGAAGCCGCAGCCUGGAAUCGACUGUUUAUUGUGGACGGCUUGAGGUGUAUAACUAGUAGUAGUACAGCCGCCCGAAUGCCGUUUCCCCAUACUCAUGGAAGAAGGGAGCGAGCAAGAGAAAGCGUAGCAGGCUGGGAGAAUUGAACAAAGAAAUGGAACAAAAAAGAAACCAAUGUAGCUCCACGAUGCAGUAGAAUGACUAUGAGAAUAGUUUAAUUUAAUGUCUUGAGUACGGAGCACAUUUCAUCUUUAGUCG